AUGGGAAGAUCACAUCUGCGUUACGAGCAAAUGGAAUCAGUAGUUAUGGACAUUGAGAGACACCUAAAUAACCGCCCACUAACAUACGUGGAGAGUGACAACGGCGAGGAGCAAGUAUUAACACCCAAUGUGAUUAUGUGGGGCCAGAAUUCCCAUACUAUAGAAGAUAUUGAGAUCGAAGGUGAUGAAGUCAGCAAGCUUCACGCGAGACUGAUGUUGAAACGACAACAGGUAUGGCAACGAUGGAAGAAAGAGUAUAUCCACAGCCUUAUGGAGAGCCACAGAGUACACAGAGGAGUCGGUAGGGUUCCUGAAGUCGGAGAGAUCGUACUGCUGGUCGGCGACGAGAAGAAUAGGGGUGAGUGGACGAAAGGGAAGGUUGAGCGGCACAUCCAAGGCAAGGACGGUGUAGUGAGGGGCGUGACACUCCUCCACAAGGGUCACUAUAUUCAGAGGCCCUUAACGCUGAUAUGCCCGUUGGAAAUUAAGGCUGUCGAAGCAGUUCAACCCGAGCAAAGACAAAAAGAAACGCAACAACUGCGACCGAGAAGUACUCGAAAGGCGGCGGAGACAGCGCGUGAACGGAUACGUCUAACUGCUGAUGCUGAUUAA